AUGAUAUCGGCAGAGGAGGCUCUCCAGAUUGUUCUGGGAGCAGCUCAGCGCAUUUCCCCCACGACGGUGCCUAUUCACGAGGCACUAGGCAAAGUUCUAGCCGAGGAUAUUCGCGCGCGAGACCCUUUGCCUCCUUAUCCUGCUUCCAUAAAGGAUGGAUAUGCCGUGAUUGCUUCCGAUGGUCCUGGUGAAUAUCCGGUGAUUGCUGAGUCGAGAGCUGGAAAUGAUGCGGUCGGAGUGACGCUUACUCCUGGGACUGUUGCUUAUGUUACCACUGGAGGACCAAUCCCCGAUGGUGCUGAUGCAGUCGUUCAGGUUGAGGACACUGAAAAAGUUGAGGGUGAUUUGGGCGGAUCAAAGCGUGUAAAAAUCUUGGUGCAGACUAAGAAGGGCGUUGAUAUUCGUCCAGUGGGCUGUGAUAUAGAGAACGAUGCCCCGGUAUUAAAAUCUGGAGAAACACUCGGGGCUUCAGAAAUUGGCUUACUUGCUACUGUUGGUGUGACAAUGGUCAAGAUAUUUCCUGCUCCUACGAUUGCUGUGGUUUCUACUGGAGAUGAACUUGUGGAGCCAACAACCGGGUGUUUGAGCAGAGGCCAGAUCAGGGACUCCAAUCGUUCUACCCUGCUGGCAGCUGCAGUUCAGCAACAAUGCAAGGUUGUUGACCUUGGAAUUGCUGGGGAUGACAAAGAAGAACUUGAAAGUGUCCUGGAUAAAGCAUUUUCUUCCGGGGUGGAUAUUCUCUUAACUUCAGGAGGUGUUUCCAUGGGGGACAGAGAUUUUGUAAAGCCAUUGCUUGUAAAAAGAGGGGUUGUUCAUUUUGACAAGGUUUGCAUGAAACCCGGAAAGCCUUUGACUUUUGCUGAAGUCUCUCCAACAGUCACUACUGCCUCCAAAAAACUUCUUGCAUUUGGAUUACCUGGAAAUCCUGUGAGCUGCCUUGUUUGCUUUCAUCUCUUUGUGGUCCCAGCGAUUCGCCGUCUUUCUGGAUGGGAAAAUCCUCACCUUCUGAGAGUACAUGCUCGUCUUAAUCAACCUAUGAAGACCGAUCCAGUACGGCCAGAAUUUCAUCGUGCCACCAUCAAGUGGAAGACCAAUGAUGGAUCAAGGAAUCCAGGAUUUGUUGCUGAAAGCACUGGUUCCCAGAUGAGCAGCCGUCUCUUGAGCAUGAAAUCAGCUAAUGCGCUGUUGGAGUUGCCAGCGACUGGAACAUUAUUUCCUACUGGAACUUCUGUCUCAGCCAUUGUAAUCGGUGAUUUAAGCUGUAAUGCUACUCCUGACAGUUGCAUCUCAGUAGAAUUAACUCCUUCCCUUCAAAGUAAACAUAGAGAAACAUCUGCCGCUUCUGAGGUCAAGGUUGCAAUUCUAACAGUGAGUGAUACUGUUGCAUCAGGUGCUGGGCCUGACAGAAGUGGCCCUAGAGCAAUUUCUGUUGUAAAUUCUUCUUCAGAGAAGCUAGGGGGAGCUACAGUGGUAUCAACUGCUGUGGUCCCAGAUGAAGUGGGGAAAAUUAAGGAUGUUCUACUGAAGUGGAGUGACAUUGAUCAAGUGGACCUCAUUCUUACACUGGGUGGUACUGGUUUCACCCCGAGAGAUGUGACUCCUGAGGCAACUAAAGAGUUGAUUGAGAAGGAAACUCCCGGCCUUCUGCAUGUAAUGACGCGAGAGAGUUUAAAGGUCACACCAUUUGCGAUGUUAUCACGCGCUGCAGCAGGUAUAAGGGGUACAACACUGAUAAUCAACAUGCCAGGGAACCCAAAUGCAGUUGCAGAAUGCAUGGAAGCACUGCUGCCAGUGCUGAAGCACGCUUUUAAACAGAUCAAAGGCGACAAGAGGGAGAAACAUCCACGUCACCUCCCCCACGCACAACAACCAUCCGACACAUGGAAACGAAGCUUCAGUGCGGCCAAUACAGCUGCUCCUGCUGCUGGUUCAGCUCCGGAGCCUCCUUCUAGCUGCUCUUGCUCGCAUUGA